AAGCAAGAGUAGUUGCGAGUUCAAUAUUCGGAAGAGCAGAGCUUUUGCGCCUCUCCUCUUUCCCCUUUUCGUCCGCUUUUCCCCCUGUUGCCUACCACCCUCCACCGGUACCUCGUGUUAGCGGCUUCGUGGGUGUUGGCGGUAUUCAGUCUCUCAGCACUGACUCUAAACUAACCAAAGACUUCUGCAACGUCCGCUCGAUUGGCUUGUACUCUUGCAAGAGUUUUUCAAUCGAGUUUUUUUUCUACGUCUUACCUCGCUGGCAGCCACCACCUCUGCAACUCGUGGUUCCUUCGUCUUCAACUCUCUCCCUCGGUUCGGACCCCAGCCACCAGUCAACGAAAACAGAACAAAGAGAAGCUGUCAGAGGCCCCAGAUUACGCUUCCUCUGUCUUUACAACGAACAGGAAAUCCGUUUCGCCGUGCGGCUCUUUGCCGAGAAAUCCCUGCUUUCUCUCAGCCUGGAAACCCGGAUACGCGGCCUUCUUUCCUCGUCGGUCCGCUCCUUCUGUGCAGGUGCUGCGAUUGUGUCCUCCGCCCCCCGGCGGCCUUCCUCUUUUUCCUUCCUCUUGUUGACGUCGCCUUCUUCUGUCUCUCUGUUUCGUGUGUUCCUCGUCGAGAAGAAAAUGCAGCGCUUCUUGUGCCGUCCGUACCUUUUGACGAGUCCAAGACCGGAGACCCUCGCAUGCAGUCUCUGACCCAAAGCGUGCGUUUUUCCCUUCCUCCAAUUAAUGCCUGUCAUUCCGAAAUUAAAGUAUUGAUUAAAUUUAAAAUUCAAAGACUCGGCGCUGUACCCGCAAGGCGUCGAUCUCACCGGGCGCUCUUCCCGUUCUUGGUCGAUCCAGAAGUCCAAAAUGAUGAAAGUUUUCCAUUGCGUCCCCGUCACAGACAUCGUCAGUGAGUCGAUCUCAUGUGUUGCCUCUUCGACGGAAACCUUUCUGGUCGGCACAGAAUCGGGCGCGCUCCUCAAAUUCUCUCUCCCAGACACAGACGACCCCGGCGAGCUCGCAGAUGGAGCGAAGCUGACCGGAAAACUGCGCUGGAACAACGGAAAAAAAGUCACAAAAGUGGAACUCCUCGAAUCUCUGCAAGUCGCUGUUUGCAUCGAGGACGGCAAUGUCCACCUUCUCUCUCUCGGACUGAACUCUCCCGGAUACAUUCUCUGCAGAAAUGCCUCGACAUUCUGUGUCCACGAAGUUGGCAGAGACAGCACGCCUGGGACUCAGGCCGGUGACAGACGGAACGAGCGAGCUGCCGUCGACUUUCUCCCGGAGUUGUGUGUGGCAUUGAAGAGGAAGAUCGUCUUAUAUUCGAAGCCAGGCACAGACUUUCAGCCCUACAGAGAAAUCGCCCUCGGCGACACGCCUCUCAGUCUCGGCUGGAGAGACAAAUGGAUCUGCAUCGGAACCGCAAAGGAAUUUCUCUCUCUUCGGGAUGAUCGAGAACAAGCGACAGAGAUUCUCGCCUUGGAUGGCCAGACGACGCGCAGCCCGCCUAACUUGUUGCUUCUGCCAGACGGGGAAGUCUUGAUUCUUGGACUCGAGAAUCUUGGCAUUUUCUUCAAUCUCGAUUCCCAAACGCCCAGCCAAAGAAACACCAUCAAGUGGCCGGUGGACCUCCUGCAAGUCUCUGUCUGUCUGCCUUAUAUCGUGGGAAUAGCGGCUUCGGGGACGGUUGACGUCUACAGCAUUCACGGACAAAGUCUAUGUCAAACUUUCCAUUUGCCCGCUCCUCUAACUUCAAUCGCGACCACCGGAAACCGUCUCCUCGUCGCCAGCAAUGCAGCCGUCAACUGUCUGUUCCCCGUUCCUGUCGAGCAACAGAUCCAUAAGCUGUUGCUCGAAGGUCGAACGGGGGACGCUCUCGACCUUCUCUCCGCAAAUUUCGGUGCCGAUGACCCCCGACGGGCAGCCGAACUGGGCGCCCUGCACAACCUCGCCGGCUGGGUGGAAUUUUCGCGUCUCCAAUUCGCUCCCGCGUUCCGCCACUUCUCCUAUGCGGGUGUGGAUGUUCUGAGAAUUAUUUCGUUCUGGUCCGCCGACCUUCCAAAGUGGUGGAAAACGCCCAGCGUGUACUCUGAAGAGAAUUCCUCGCAGUUCUCAUCGACGCGACUCGACCGGGCGCUCGUCCCCCCUGUGCAAGAAGUCUCUCGCUUCAUUCGCGAUCGGACGGCGCAAACGAAAGCCGGCGACGGUGGUCAACAAGGCGAGGCUAAACACCAGGUCCUGCUCGAGCUCGCAAAUUCCUCGAUGGCUACCUUUCUCUCUAAGGAGCGAACGUCGCUGCUGCUCGGACGCCCAGAGCGGGUCGACUGGGACGCCCUGCGCGAAGUCGCAAACGCUGCGGCCUCCGCGGGGGCUGUGGCGCGUGCAGCAGAGACGAAAGAAGAACUGCUUUCUCUUCUCCUCACUCUGGUCGACACUCUUCUCUUUCUGUUGAUGGUCGAAGGAGACGAUGAACGCUGGAAAGGCUUGCUCCUCGGAUCUCAGCAGCCGCUCACAUGCAGCGUAGAGGACUGCCGCGAAUUUCUUCUGUCCAUCGAUCGCCCCGAUGCUCUCGCCGUCAUGCUCUCCCGCUUCGGGUUCCGGGAACAAGCCCUCGAAAUGUGGGCGAAAAUUGUUAAGGGCGAGCUGCGCAUCGCUCCAAGGGCGACGACUGUCUCCGACGGCGUGCAAGAAAUGCUGGCUCUUCUGCAUGCGCCAGAGCUUCUAGGAGACUCCGGACAUGACGACUCGGUCCAGAUGAAGGAUAAGCAGCGCGAAGAGGAGCUGCUUGCGCGCUACGCACCUCUCGUUCUCCGGGCGGAUCCGACUUCCGCGCGUCAACUGUUCUUUUCGUCGCCGGGGACCACAAGUCGGUACAGGAUUUCUCCAACUCUCGUGGUGAAGCUCUUGCAGGGAGUCGAAGAUCCUUGUCUGUCGCAGCGACUGCAGGAGUCGUUCAUUGAAGAAGUCGUGAUGAAGGCACCGGACGAGCAGCCGCAGACCUGUUGUCAAGAAAGGGAGGAAGACCGCGAAGAAGCGGAGAGACAGUUCGCUCUCUGGCAACAGGAAGCGAGGGAGCUGCAAACCCAACUCGCAAAAACCUACAUCGACCGAUUAUUGGCUUCGAGUCCGAGUGCCACGGAGGCGCCAGGCGGGCAGAUGCAGCCAAGUGACGUGGAUGUUCGAGAGAAACUUUUGCGCCUUUUGGAGACAAAGGAGAAUUACGACGUGCAUGCCCUCCUCUUGAAAGUCGAGGGUUCGUGGCUUUUGAAAGAAGCGGCUGUUCUGUACGGAAGGCUCGGGAGGCAUCUAGACGCGUUGCACACGAUUGCGGUUCAGCUUAGAGACGAGAGCACCGCCGAGGCGUACUGUCUGAUGAUGAACGACGCACUGCAGGCCUUCGUCGACCGACUUUCCCCAGAAGAAUAUUCCUCUCUCGUAGCGAGCGAUGCCAGCUUUGAAAUCCCUCCCACCUCGAACGGCAACAACCUCUUUCUGCAACCAGGUGGACAGGGCGAGGGGUCACCUCGCAGUUUCUGUUCCAUCUUCAGUCCCAACUCGCCGUGGAAAAAACAGCGCGAUGACCUGCCGCAAGCGCUUCGUCUGGGAGGUCUUGUGCCCCUCCCGGCAUUAGGAAAUCCUCGGAGAAGUGUACCAAGUCUCUCUGUCUCGCAGUUCUGCGGAAAGGCCAGAGAAGGAACGAGUGGCGUCAGCGCCGAUCCGGGGAUCAGGAAAGCGGGGCCUCGAAGGUCGGCGUGCAUGCUUCGAGCGCUCCUGCAGGUUCUCUUGAGAGCCUGGCGUCAGGCGGCUGCAGAUCCUGAGACCGCGAGCGAGGAUGCACUCACGUGGAAAAGAUCAAUUUUAAAUCUGCUUUCAAAGUACGGCGCGCAUCCAGACUUGGAGCCCAGUCGAGUUGUGCGCCUGUUACCAGAUGACUGGCUGUUGACCGAAGUCGCCGACUACUUCGUUGCAUCUUUCCGCGAGCGUCUCCACGACAAAUUGACAGCGACCCUCCAGGAACAGCUGUCCACUGUGGCCUAUCUUCACACCUACUCAGACUGGGCCCGUCAGCGCUCUUCCUGCUUUGUCAUCACUCCGGAACGGUCCUGCCCUGUCUGUACACGGCGACUGGGGUUGACAGCCUUCGUGGCUUACCCCGACGGCACCUGCGUUCACAUUCAGUGUGCGGGGGACGCUGUGACUCUGAAGCCGAGCCAGGAACCUUCUGCUGGUUCGCGCCAGUUCGAUGAGAGCAGUCCCUUCUCGGUCGGUGCAAGUGGCCACAGCACCAAUUUCCUGCUGAGUUGACAGGCUCUCACGUAUCGGACAGUGAAGAUAUCCGGAAAUAUCGAAGAGAAUGGCCUUCGGAAUGUAGUUAUCUGUGAUUUAUCUACCCAAUAUAGAUACAGCAGGCAUCCUGACGACGCACAGCUUGGGACGCAAAAACGUUUGGUGACGCUGCUGGGAUUUUCUGUGUUUGCGCGGGGGGGGGGGUGCGACAGGGAACAGAUUACUCUUGUGAAACGUUGCCCGUCGGGCCACGGAAGUUAUUCACGAAGGUGCCGAUGAAACGGCUCGACCUUCCCACUCCAGCGUUUUUGAAUGUGCGUCUGCCCUAAAAAGCCGCGCUGAGUCUGGGGCAUGUCGUUCUUCAUUUCUCAGCAGAAGAAAAAAGAGGACGGACUACCUGUAGGCUAUCCUCAAGUUACCGCUGUACUUAAGACUAAUGUUAUAAACUCCCGUGGUAAACACAGUCAACUAAUUGCGGAAGGAGCAUUUAUAUGUUACGCAGUGUCAUAGGAGAUAAACUCUAUAAUUAGCAUUCAUCUACAGCUACGGUCAGCUCCGCCACACUUGUUAAACGGUUUCUUCUGUUGCCGUGCCGAAAUUUCUGACAGUGGGACGCGCCUAUUCCCGUUCCGUGCCCUGGGAAACGAGCAAGAAUCCAAGCCUGUGCUAUCACAUGAGGACAGCCUCAACUGUUUUCUAUGGUUUGUACUGCAAAAGAAUCGAGUUGCCUGAGUCCUGAAUUAUUGGAAUACGUCAAUGCCUACGUCGUUUGCGUCCUGGUCACAUCUAGGUGUCAACGGAAUUGCUUUGAAACGAGACUCUGCGGC